ACGCAGAUACUUGUAUUUUUGUGAUAUAAACGAUAUAUAAACUCAAAUAAAAAUAAAUAAUAUAAGACAUAAUUUGAAUAGAUAUCAUAGCUCACAAAAAAUUCUUUACUUUUUCCCUUUUUCAUUUAUGUAGUUAGUUAUCUAUAAGAACUGCGAGAUUUACAAGAAAAGUACACAUAUAUAUGUAUCAGUAUUUAGUAUUUGUUAGUGUUACAAAUUAUUAACAUUAUGAAAAGCUUGUAUUUUAAAGGAAGUGUUAAAAGUUUGUUGGAAACGUUUUUGGACUUCAGCUUUCUCUUAUGCAUUUCACCAUUCAGAUUAAAAUCAUAUCACAUCAAGGGAUGUAACGUGGAGUUUCCGACUGAAACAGUAAAGGUUCAACAAUGGAAGCUGCAAAAGGUUUUAUCUGGUUUCGUCGCACUGAUGGAUAUUUUCGGAGCAACAACUCGGAUCCGCUUGAGCCUGGAGAAGAAUUUAGACAAUCCCGUAGAGUAUUUCAAUUUCAUGUGGUCCAUCGCUUCUACCCUGAUGCACGUGGCAUUUUAUUUCGUUCUUUGGACAAAACAACAUCAUUUCGUGAAAGCUGUGGAAAUUUUCCGGAAGAGUUUUUUCAAAAGGCACAAUAACGUGACAAAAAACCUACCUUGCGUAGGCGUUGGAUAUUGUAUUUGUUGUCUGAGUCUGAUACUUGGGAUAAUUCCAUCGCUUAAAGGGUCAUAUCUGUUACCUGACUCCUUGAUUAACUGGAAUAUUAACCUUAUUUUCCAGGCUCACGUGGCUCAUUCAAAAUUUAUGUUUUUUCUUUCAAAUACAUCAUUUCCAAUUGGAAAUUUUAAUGCCAAUGGCACAGAUCAAAGUCUUGAUGAUCUUGAGAUUAUCUCGGGGAUAGGUCACAUAUUGGUGUAUACGAUGCGUUACUUGGGGGCCUACUUUAUAGAUUUGUUCAUGAUUAUGUCAUCAGUCACAUUGUGGCUGGCGACAAGGUCAUUCAUACAAACGGCAAUGAACCUAAAUGCGAACCUUCCACGAUGUGCAGUAACCACAUCACCAGUCUCAGUACCACUUGAUCACCAUCAGGGUGUCAGCAGACAUGGAAGGAAAAUAAACUUUGGCGAAGUUGAUGGAAUAAAUUCUGAAAUCGUUGACAAAUACGCCGAUUUGAAAUGUUUGUCUGAUUCCGUAAACGGUGCUAUGAGUCCGAUCAUCUUUUGCUACGUAUUUGAAGCCAUAUUCUACUACGCAACAAAUCUUAACUCUAUCUUCACGGCAAAAGAUUGGCAUGCAAGGUUAACAGUGACCCACUUUUUAUUAGGAUGCUUCAUAACGUUUGGAUUUUCUGCCGAUAUCACCAGAAAAAUGGACGGAUUCAGGAUUUGGCUAGUAAAUGGAAAUACAAAUGCGAGAAAAUCGAUGGAUCAAGAUAUGCUGAUUGCGCUUGUUCAUGAAACCCAGUCAAAAACUAUUGGCAUUUCUGCUUUUGGAAUUUUUACGAUUGACUAUCCUCUAAUUUUCAAUAUUGUAACUACAACAGUAACAUUUUUCUUAAUAGUAGUUCAAUUUGUUCCUAAACCGUGUUAGUCGACACUAUGUUAAUAUCUACACAUUUACUAAUUUUUAUUCCUGCAGAUAGAAAAUAUGCACAUAUAAAUACAUCUUCAAGAGUAAACACUUAAUAAAGUCAAUUCAAGCUCUAGAAACAAAAUAAUGUUCAUGUAUGUAGAUAGGUAUGUAUAUGCAUAUCUCACAAGUUCUUCCUGAUUUCAUGUUUACGAAGAUUCCUUUACCACCUUCAAACGCUGUUCCAAUGAAAGGCUUCCAUGAUAGCGUGGGUCUCUCCAUGUAAAAAUUUCCAAGUUUGAACUUCACAUUUGAGAUCGUUAGCAACUCUACAUUU